AUGCAUUUGGGAAUCAACGAUGUGCAUCCUUUCUGCCAGAUCGAGCUCAAGGACAGAGCUUCUGUGCAAGACCUGUUAAGGGCUGUUCUCGACCCCUUGGAGCCUUUUUUCUCCACGCACAAGGCUCGGGUCAACUGUCCCGGCAACACUGCCGUCCCAUUUGACCAAAGUGCUUCUGAACUCGAAGGCUUCGCGCGUCCCCUAUGGGGUUUGACCUUCCUGCUUGGCGGCCAUGGCGAAUAUCACGGCACAGACUGGUGGAUCCAGGCUUACAAGUCUGGAACCGACCCAAAACACCCAGAGUAUUGGGGCUAUCCGACAGAAAAUGACCAACGCCUUGCCCUAGCCGAGGCGAAUGUUAUCUGGGACAGCUUGUCCCAGAAGGAGAGGCAGAACGUGGAAGCAUGGCUAGGGAAUUCAAUCAACGAAAGAAGGCUGAAGAAGAACGGCGGCAAGUUCUCGCAGGACAGGAUUGAUAGUGAUAUCAAGCACCUAGAUUCCUUCUACCGUGGAGAUGGUUGGUCUAAUGAUGGACCAGAGGGAAUUAAUCAAAUGGACUACUACUCUUCCAGUUUUGCUAUCCAAUUCCUCCAGCUUCUAUACGCCAAGGUUGCCGGCGAUGAAGACCCCGAGCGAGCUGCAGAGUUCAAGAAGCGAGCACAGAUAGCAGCUCUAGACCUUGUACACUAUUACGACAAUGGGGGUAGAGCUAUCCCAUACGGCCGUAGCAUGGGCUACCGAUUUGCUAUAAUAUCUUUCUGGGGCGCCUUGGCCUAUGCGAAUGUCGAACUACCAGCUCCUCUUACUUGGGGUAAAGGUGAUCAUGUUAUUGAUGCCAAAGAUGUCACUUCAACUCUACACGGCAUUCUACAUACUCAGAGGUCCAUCAUCAAAGAUGUAUAUGGGAGCGAGACAGGCGAAAACCCAGAGGUUCUCGCCCUAUAUAAAGAAGUGCUUACACAAUAUGAUCAGGGCCUCGAAAUCCCGGACGAUGUCACUCUACUCUUUGCAGAUGGCAACCAGGGAAGUAUUCGUCGGGUGCUCGUUGGCGAUGAAAAAAGUCGAUCGGGAGGAGCCGGAAUAUAUUACCACUUUGAGUUUGUUGGUCAUCCACGGAGUUACAAAUGGCUCAACAGCAAUCACUUGCCCAAAGCGUGGCAACAGCUCGACGAAGCAUACAACAAUGGUGUCGACCGUAUUUGGAUAUUCAACGUUGGCGAUAUCAAGCCAAUGGAGUCUUUUUUUGACGCAUUCAUCGAUAACACUUUCUCUCUCAGCACUGCGGAUUCCAAAGAAUGCUCGCAACUCUUCUUCGAAUAUGACCAGUUGAUGGGUCUCGGAAAACACGAGUGUAUUGAAGACGAUACGUUCUCUGUUAUCUACUACGACGAGGUGGACACUGUUCUACGACGAUGGUCUGAUCUGCUGGGUAGAUCAACUCUCAUCUAUGAGAAGGUACCGGCUGAUUUGAAGCCCGCCAUCUAUCAACUAAUACACCACCCAAUCAAGGCAACGCAGAUCUACAUCGCCUUGAGGGUGGCACUGGGGAAGAACAAGCGUUUCGCAGAACAGCGCCGGACAAUUGCCAACAAAUAUGCCCAGGAAGUCCUCCGCCUCUUUCAACCAGAUUUUGACUUGUCCAACUAA